AUGUUCUGGCUUUCUUUGAUCUUUUGAAUUCCUGUUUUUAGCAUAGAUAUGCUGUGCAAUCCCAACAAAUGCCCUCCAAUAUUCGUAAUUCCUAAUCAGCGAGGCGAUGGCAUAUGCAAUCCUGGCUGCAUGAAUCCUUUUUGCAAUUAUGAUACAGGAGGUCUUUAUAAUUCCUCAACUCAAGUUGAAAGCUCAGAUUGUCUUUCACAAUGCCCUAGCAGCGUUAGAUCUUGCGAUUUGAAUUUUCUUGGGGAUGGCUAUUGCGAUGAUUGGUGCGAUAAGUUUUAUUGCGGAUAUGACUUAGGAGAUUGCGGUUACUGCGCUCAAUCAUGUAUUCCAUAUAUAGGUCAAAAAUCUCAAUUAGGAAACGAGUGCGAUCCUGAGUGCGCUACAGAAUCUUGCUAUUUUGACAUGGGAGCCUGCUGAGAAUGUGCUGAAGGCUGCAAUUUGACUAUAUGAGGAGAUGGGAUAUGUAAUGAUGAAUGUAAUAAUUCCCAAUGCAAUUAUGAUAAUGGAGACUGCUUCAAUGUCACUUGUGCACCUAAUUGCUAUUUGUGAAUGAUUGGAAAUUCCAUUUGUGACGAAGCUUGUCAUGUCGAAGAAUGCAAUUAUGAUGAAUUCGACUGUGAUUGCUUUUCUGGAUGCACUUUAGAGUUAUUACAAAAUGAUAUAUGUGAUGAGGUUUGCAAUACCUAUGAUUGUGAUUUUGAUGCUGGAAAUUGUGGCUUUUGUGAGAGUGGAUGCUAUUUAGACAUGCUUAGAAACGAGGUAUGUGAUGAAGCUUGCAAUACUUUUCGUUGUAAAUAUGACAAUUUUGCUUGUGGGUGUUCACCUUAUUGUAUGCCAGAAGAUUAUGGAAAAUGCAAACCAGAGUGUUUAGUAAGUGAUUGCAAGUAUGAUAGAGUAAGCAGUGAUCCUAGCAAGUGGUGCUAUGAUGAAGAUUUAAUAAAAUACACCAUUUAUCAGCAAUAUUUUUAUCAUAGUUUAAAUGCUAUUGUAUCUUUUGAAGCUUGCUCAAUUGUAUCAUCUAAUAAAUGCAAUGUAACAAUGUCAUUAGACUCAGUAUCAUGCUACCCUGAAUGUUUUUUUAGAGAAUGUAAUUACGGCUUAUGCCACAUUAUAGAUUUAAGGAAUUGUCCUGAUUUUCCUGAAGGAAAUUUAUGUAAUUAUUGUAAUCUUUACAGCUGUGAUCUAUGUGGAGCCUUAAACAAUGUCUGUUAUCCUUCGGCUUUAUACAUAGGUGAAUUUUAUUUACUCUACUAUAAUAAUUGAAAACUCUUUAAGCAUCCAGACUUUCAGUUUUAUUAUGUGACUUCAACUCAGAAAGGGCCUUAUCCAUCAGGAAAUGGGACUUUGAUUUUUCCUUUUGAAACACUUGAUUAUGCAUUACAGUCUAAACUGUCUAAUACUGAAAUACUUGAUCCACCAGAAUGAGAUAAUCAACAAAUUUAUUUCUAUUUAUAUAACGAUGGAAAUUAUACUUUAACUGACUGUGAUCCUUUAGGAAAAGUCUCAUCUGUUGUUAUAGCCUCGUAUGAUGGAAGUAAGAUUUUGAUAAAGAUUAAUGGAUGAUCGCGGCUUUCAUGCUCAAUGGUUUCUUAUAUCAAGUUUGAAAAUGUGAUUAUCGAUGGAUCUGGACAGGAUAAUGGGUGUAAUUCUAUAUAUUGCGAUUAUUGUGCCUAUAGUUUUUAUAAUGAAAGUGACGGCUAUUACUAUAAUGAUAGAAAUCAGCGCAUAUCACAAAAUAUAUCUUUAGAUAGCUGCCAGAUUGAAGAAACUGGGAGUCUUAGCCUAUUUUAUGCUAAAUCUGCAUUUACAUUAACGAAUGUUGAAAUUAGAAAUUUUAGAUUCAAUUAUGACUCCAUUAUAUCUGGGAAUGGGGCAAUUGAGCUAUUUAAUGUAUUUUUUGAUAAUAUAUGGCUAAGUGGUAAAGAAAAAAAUGCAGUUGUGCAUCCAGAUGGAAAUUUUACUUACUUAGGAGGCUCUGUGACUAGAUUAAAUAACGGAUUUGAAUUUGGAGACCCACUUGAUUUUCGGGGAUUUCUAUAUUAUGAAUCAAAUUCAGCUCUUACUAUAAAAAAUGUGGAUUUUAAAUAUAAUUUGAUUUAUUUAAAACCGCAAAGCUCUCUUUCGAGUGGCUCACUAAUAUAUAUUAGCAAUUUGGCAAAAUUUGAAAUGGAUAACUGCACUUUUAUGUAUAAUUAUUGCGAAACAGGGAUAUUUUACAGCAAAUUAAAUAUAGACAGUUAUGAUUCUAGUUUUAACGAAACUUGAUAUUUAACUUAUGUGACUAUUUCUCACAUAGACAUUAAGAACACCAAUUUUAUAUCAAACUAUGGAAAAUUGGGAUUAAUCCGUGUAGAGUUUGUUGGCUUGCUAUUAAAUGUUCACCUAAAUCACCUUUCAUCUAUGAGCAAGCAAGCAAAUAUUUUUACUCAAUGGAUUAAUUUUUUUUAGAAUAUAGAAAUUUUUUCGACAUUCAAAAAUAUUUAAUUUUAAUGUGAGUAUAGCUCAGUCUUGGCUCACCCCUCCCUUAACCCCCUAUGCUUUAUUUUUGAUGAAACUUUCAAAAUCAAUUUGAAAUAUCAAAAUGCUUACGAUAGAUUUCUCAUUUUUUUUUCUUUUUUUCCAAUUCAUUUAGAAUGAAUCUUCCAGAUGAAGGGAAGAGACAUCAAUUUCGAUCCAUGACUGCUCUCGAAGUAUAUAUAAAAAUUUUUAGAGUUAAUAUAAAUUUAAUUUGGAGAAUAAUGCAAAUCUUCUAGUUUUUAUAGAGAUUUUUAUAUUAUAUAAUAAAAAAAAAAUUUGCUUGAGAUAAAUUUUAUAUAAAUUAGUGAUUUUGCUCGUUUAUGAAGGGAGUAUUGUAAGCAAUUUGACCUUUGAAUUAAAUGGAGCAGAAAGUAAUUCAUUAAUUUAUAUAUACAACUCAGCCAUAUUAGAUUAUUAUAAAACCAAAACAACCCAAAUUAUUAUAAAGAAUUCAAGAUCCAUUGAUGUCUUUUCAGUCCCGAGAUGAUGCAAAUUUAUUGAUAUUUCUUUCAAAAAUAAUCAUGCCAAAGGAAUGAUCACUGCAGUAAAUUUGGUCAACUUUGAUUUAAAAAAUUUGACUAUAGAUUCUAAUGGAUCUCCGUACGAUGAUGCAGAUGUCAAUUCCCUAGUUCUUAAAUAUUUUAUUGAAAAUAGGGAUGCUUGAGACUUGUAUAUAAGUAAAGAAAAAUAUGAUGCAAAAACUUUAGAUUGUGAAUAUAUGGUGAGUUUAUCGAAAUCAAUUAAUUUAGGUAUUGAAGGUGUUAAUAUUACAAAAAAUAUCUGCAGAAAUUCAUCGCCAACUUUUAUAAUUGAUAAUUCAAAUUCCAAUAGUUUAAAUUCUCUAAGCUGCUCUGGAAAUGUUGGAAAUGGACGAUUGCCAGUAUGUUUUUAUUUUACAGGAUCUUAUGAUAGAAAUUUCACUAAUUUAGAAUUUAUUGAGAAUAUAAACAAUUACAUUUCAGGAUAUGGUGCACUAGGGGUAGAGAGUGAGAAUAUUUUAUAUAUAUCAAACUGUUCUUUCAUUAAUAACUCAGCAAGUUUAUCCCCUGCAGUUUAUUUUUCAGGAGUAAGUAUUUUUAUUGAGUCUUCAAUCUUUGAUUCAAAUGAGUCAAGGCAGGGCAGUGGUGGAGCCUUAUAUUUUAUUUCUUUGCUGCAAAAUAAUAAAAUAUCGUCGCUUCUUAUAUCAUCAAGUGAUUUUAUCCAAAAUUCAGCUUCUUCUAAUGGAGGAGCAAUUUUUUUGACUCAGAGCUCAAGACCAUCAGAAAGUCUUGAUCUUAGAAUCUUGCAAUCAAAUUUUAUAGGAAAUUAUGCACAUAAUGGUGCAGCCUUAUAUAUCGAUAGCUCAGUAGCACUUUCUAAAGAGUCAGUUAUAUUAGUUUCUAGUUUCAAUGAAAACGUUUCAAAACAGUCAGGAACUAUAAUACUAUAUUUCAGCAGUGGAAUUUUAUCUUUUAAAUCCUGUGUUUUCAUUGAAAAUUCUUCAUAUUUGGCUGCUGUUUUGGCAAUUGAUAUAGGAGAAGAUAAAAAAAAUUUGCCUUCAAAAAUAUGCAUUGAGCUCUCUAUUUUCAGAAAUAAUACUGGAAGCUCAGUUAUAUAUGCAGACAGUCAAAAUAGAAAUUCAACUGUUGAAACUAAGAAUUCUGUUUUUGAAUACAACAAUGCAAGAGUCGCUUUUUUGAAUUUUGAUUAUUUUACAGAUAAUGGUUCUGUUUUUCAGUUUAAUUCUGCUCCUUAUGGAUCUUGUUUUUACCUUCAAAACUCUGCUAUUUUAUAUGCAAGCUCAUCGCAAUUUUUAAAUAAUACAUGUGAGGAAUACGGAGGAGCCAUAGCAAUUACUUCGAAAUCGAUUUUUCAUUGUGAAAGUUGUUCAUUUAUUCAAAAUAAAGCAAAAAUGAGAGGUGGAGUACUAAACGCUGAACAAGAGUCUCAAUUUUUUAUAUUAAAUUCAAAAUUAGAAAAAAAUUCAUGCGAAAGUGAUGGGUCUGCAAUCUAUGCUUUUAACUGCAAUUUGGUGCCUUCUUCUCUAAUUUUAUCCCAAUUUUCCAAUAAUUAUGCAUCAAACUUAGGUUUGAUUUAUUUGGUUAGUUCAAAAAUAGUAAUCUCAUCAUCUAUUUUUAGCAAUAAUUCUGCAGACGGAUACAGUCCAGGGUUAUCACUAACAUAUUCGAAUGCAGAAAUAUAUGAUUCAAAAUUUGAAAAUCAAAGAAGUACUUCAGGAAGUUUUAUAUAUUUAUUAGCUGAAAGCAAUGCAUAUGUAGCUAAUGCAACCUUUUCUAAUGGAAAAUCAAAUGAAAGAGGUGGAGCAAUUUAUGCAAGCUCAAGCACAUUAUUAAUCAAUGACUCAUUUUUUAACAAAUUAUCAUCUCCUAGUGGAGGUGCAAUUUAUGCUUCUUUCGAUAGCCAAAUAUCCAUAAAUAGCUCGAAUUUCGUUGAUAUAGAAAGCCCUAUUGGAGGUGGAGUAAUCAAUGCGAAUCAAGUUGAAUUAUCUAUAGAAAAUUCAAUUUUUAAUAAAUUUUCUCUUACAGGGAUAUAUGGAAAACAAUUAAAAAAGCUAGAAAUUAUAAAUUCUUCGCUAAGCAACGGCUCAGGAAAUAAUGGAGGAGCCCUUUAUUGUGAUUCAUGUAGGAAUAUAGAAAUUAUAUAUUGUAAUUUUGCAAAUAACUUUGCGUCUUUAUAUGGAGGUGCUUUAUAUUUUAAAUCCACAAAAGAUAUCAGUAGUAACGUUAAUGUGACUUCAAGCAAAUUUAUAAAUAAUUUGGCACAAAACGGAGGAGCAAUAUACUCGAAUAAUGCAAAUUUAAAAAUAAUUUUUUCCAAUUUUAAGCAGAAUAAAGCGAUUCCAGGCCAAUACUCAACAACUAAAAACAUUGAUAGUGGGAUCGGAGGGGGAAUCAAUAUGAACUGUUUCGAUACAAAAAAAUGUAAAUUUGAUAUUAAUUCAGGCGUUUUUAUUGAAAACUUCGCAGAAUAUAAUGGUGGAGGUAUCAGCUGAGAUGACCAAACUCCUUCACUUUUCAAUAAUACAUACCAGAAUAAUGCAGCUCAAUACGGUAAAGAUAUAGCUUCGUUUCCAAUCAAACUAAUGCAAGUAAAAGCAGAUGGCAGUCUAGCAGAUUUUAAUAGCAAAAGAUCAUUAUCAGACCCUGUUUCAAGCCUAAAUUUAACAGAAAUAGCACCUGGACAAAAUAUUAAAAAUCAACUGCAAAUUGCUUUGGUUGACGAUUUAAAUUAUAUCAUAGCUACUGAUAAUGUUAGUGAAGCAGUGCUUAAAUCUACAAGUUUAACGACCCAAAUUUCAGGAGCAACAAAAGUUACUGCAUUAAAAGGAAUAUUUAACUUCUCUGAAUUUGUUAUUUCUGAUGAGCCUGGAUCGAAUAUCCAAAUAAUUGCUACCUCUUCGGCAAUUGAUAUUUCCAAAAUAAAAUCUUCAGGUCAAAACUAUUAUAGUCAAAAUUUGAUAUUAAAUGUGAAUAUGAGAAAAUGCAAAAUUGGAGAGGUCAAAUCAGGAAAAAAUUGUCAAAUAUGUCCUCAAGGGUUUUAUAGUUUGAACCCAGACUUGAUUUCUUGCCUUUCUUGUCCCGAUGCAGCUCAAUGCCUUGGAAAUUAUACAAUGGUUCCACGACCUGGAUAUUGGAGAGAUAAUAUGCUUACAGAUAAAUUUUGAAAAUGCCCUAAUCCUUCUUCUUGUUUAGGCUCACCUAAUAUAAAUAAUAUUUCAUAUACAGGUGAAUGCAGUGAAGCCUACAAGGGCAAUAAAUGUCAAUCUUGCAAAGCAGGAUUUUCUUAUACCUCAAGCAACAAAUGUGAAAAGUGUCCAGGAUUUAAAACCAACGUUAUAAUGACUAUAGGCAUAACAAUAGGAAUGAUCUUUUUAUUGGUAAUUAUCAUAAAAACAACAAGAAAAUCCGCUCUAAAGCCAAAGUCCCAAAUUUCAAUUUUCAUAAAAAUAUUUUUGAAUUAUUUUCAAAUGAUCAUUUUAGUAUCCACUUUUAAGCUCAACUGAUCAUCUGAAGUUUUAAGCCUUUUUAAAAUUCAAAAUAAUGCAGAUUAUGUAUACCAGCAAAUUUAUUCAUUUGAGUGUUUAUUUGGAGCAAAUAAUAGCAGCAAUUUAGUUUAUUUCAAAAUUCUUAUUAUGGUAGCUUUAAUUCCAGCUGCUAUGCUGGUUUUGAGUUUAUUUUUUUGGAUUAUUAUAAAAUUAGUCAAAACUUCAUAUAAAACAUUUUGGGAUGAUUUUAUAUCAACUGGGAUUAUUUUAUUAUUUUUAAUUCAUCCAAGUGUAGUGAGAAAAAUGUUUGCUUCAAUGAAUUGCACAGAAAUUAAUCCUGGCGAAUAUUGGUUAGAAGAAAAUCUUGAUAUUAGAUGCUGAAAUUAUGAUCAUAUAGUUUAUGUGACAACCAUUUCGUUGCCAUCUAUUAUUUUAUGAGGAAUUAUUUUACCGACAGUUUGCUUGAUAAAUAUUAUUAGAAAUAGAAGCAGACUUAGUGAUUUAGGUGUGCGUCUAAGAUAUGGAUUUCUUUUCAAUGGAUACAAAGAUAAUCACUAUUUUUGGGAAUUUAUCAUUUUGUAUAGCAAAAUUAUUCUUAUUUGCUGUUCAGUUUUUUUAGCAAGAGUAUCUUUAAAGAUUCAAGCAAUAAUUGUGGCUAUUUUAUAUUCAAUAUAUUUACGACUACAGUAUUCAAAUAACCCUUAUAUUGAGCCUAAUCUAAAUCAAAUGGAAUUAAGGUCAAGGAUAGUGUGUGCAGCCACUAUAUGAAGUGGGCUUUACUAUUUAAUGGGAUCUUUAAGUGAUGAAGCUGGAUACUUUUUCUUUACGAUUAUAGUAAUAGCAAAUUGUUAUUUUUUAAUUUAUUGAUCAUUUUGCGUCAUCAAAACGAUUUCUCGGUCAAUAAUUAAUAAAGUUAGGAGCUUCAGAAAAUCCAAAAAAGUGGAAAAUUACUCAGAAGAAAACAGUUAUAAAAGUGAAAAUUCAAAAGCAGCUUUCAAUCUAAUUGAAGUUUCCUUAGCAUCAAAUAGCAUAUCAAUCAAUGAAAGCAAUGCUCUAGAUAAUAAAGAGAGCAUUCAAUAA